AUGGUUUACGGCGACCCAGAUUUAGUGGUCAAUCAAGUGAUGAAGGAGUGGGACAUCAGGAGCCCAGCUGUGACUGGCUAUUGCAAUGCAAUGAGAAAGUUAGAAAAGAAGUUUGAAGGGCUAGAGCUCCACCAUAUUCCCCGACUGAAUAACCAAGCAGCUGAUGACCUGGCAAAUAUAGAUUCCAAGUGGGAGCCCAUUCCCAGCAAUGUGUUCUUGGAGCAUCUUCACACACCAUCAGUUCAAGAGGAUCCCUUCACAGAAGAGCCCCUGCAGCCUAAGAGUUCUACUGAUCCGACUGAAGUUGAAAUCCCAGCCGUAGUCGACUUAAUCAUGGAGGUUUUGGUCAUCAUUCCUGAUUGGACAGUGCCAUAUAUCGCAUACAUUCUCAAGAAAGAGCUUCCAGAAGAUGAAGAUGAGGCACGUCAGAUUGUCCGUUGA